CGCACAGCGCAGCACAGCAACUUAGACACACAUCUCUCGACGUCUCCCACACAAUUGGAGUGACAACACUAGCCAUUGUACCCAGCAACAUCUAUUGAAAUGGCAACAAAAGCAAUGGAAAUCGGAAUCAGUCUGGUAGCAGUUCUCAUGGCCAUGCUCUGGGUAGGAGCUUCAGCUCAAUCCAGUUGCACAAAUGUGCUUGUCAGCAUGUCUCCAUGCCUCAACUACAUCACAGGGAACUCAUCAACUCCAUCUUCCUCAUGCUGCUCUCAGCUUGCCAGUGUUGUGAAGUCACAACCACAGUGUCUCUGCCAGGUCCUCAGCGGUGGAGGCUCUUCGUUGGGAAUCAACAUCAACAAGACCCAGGCACUGGCACUCCCCGAUGCCUGCAAUGUCCAAACUCCAUCUGUUAGCAAGUGCAAUGGUACAGCUUCACCAUCACCAGCAAAAACACCAAGCACUCCAUCAUCAGGAACUGGAUCCAAGACUGUCCCAUCAACAGACGCAUCAUCAUCAGAUGGAAGCAUUUGCAAAUUGUCAUUUUCUUUGCUAUUCUUCCUUCUCUUUGUUACAUCAUAUACUUCAACCUUCGCCAGCUUCUAAGUUCUGUUUGUCCACGUUUGGUCCUGUCACAAUUAGUAUGAUUCUUUAUGUAUUCUUGUUCUUUGGUUGAGUGGGAUUGUAUUAUUUAUUUUCGAGAGAUUGGCUUUGUAUUAUUCAUUUUUUUGAGAUGAGUAUUGGAAUUUGAAUAAAAUAAGAGCUGUAUUACUCUCCUUCUCAAAA